UGGGCAGAGAUGCGGACCAAGAUGCGCAUCAUGGGCUUCCAUGCUGAGGCCAUCAAGCCGCUGAACGAGGUGGCAGCAGCCGAGCUGGGCGCGAACCUAUUGGGCGAGGCCAUCAUCUUCGCUUGCGCGGGCAGCUGCCUACUGCUGGAGUUCUGGCGCCAGCAGUCACUGAAGCACCGCAAGGAAGUGGAGCGCGAGGCCUCGCUGCGGUCCCUGAGGGCAGACGUGGACCGCCUGGAGCAGGCGCUGGAUGAGCUGCAAGUGCAGGUACAGGCGGCAGUGACGAGGAGCACGCUGGAGGAGCUGCGGGCGGAGCUGCGGGCGGAGCUGCAGGAAUUCAGAACCCAGAUCUGCGAGGAGGAGCACCAGGAACCUGAGCCCCAGCCCUCUGAGGGCCCAGAGUAG